GGGGUGGGGGUGCCAAGUCCCAUGUGCCUUGAAGCAGACGACAGAAGCCUCAAUUUCGUCUUCUGUAAAAUGGACAUCCUGGACGUCCACACCACGCAGACUGGUAGAUCAAGAGCUCAGCGCAGGGUCAAGCCGCUGGUGGGGUGGCGCCCGGGGUCUGUGCUGAUUUCCGAGCCCGCGAGCGCGCGCCCGCGACCACGUGGGGCGGCGGCAGCGGCGCGGGCGGAACCCAGGCUCGGAGGCUAGCGGCCCGCCCGGGCCUCUGCAGCUGGCGCGCCGGCGGAAGUAGGGGCGCCAGGCGCCGUGAAUCUCAGAGUGGUGGGUCGCGAGCACGAUCCCGCUCCUCGGUCCCAGCACGGGACGCCCACCCGUGUGCAAGACCCCGAGCGGCGGGAGGAGGCGGGUCCGCGCUUACAGCGCCGGCUACUGGGAAGUUCUAGUCCCCGAACACCUGCAUCGGGGAGGGACUGCACUCCUAACGCAGCAGCGGAGACAUCCCCGCGCCCGGGGACAGGUGUGAUGGCCCUGACUGUUACCAGACCAACCUUGGUUUCUCCCUUUUCCUGUCAGUCACCAGCUUGCACCCAGUAAAUGCUUUGACAUCACCCAACUUCAUUUUCCUCUUUGGGAAAAGGGGAUUGUGCAGGAUCCUUUCUUGCAAGGAGCUGACAGUUGAGCUGCCGAGACAGGAAGAGCCUCACAAGAAAAAAAGACAAUCCCAAUCACCUCUGUAUGAGUUACUCUGAAGUCUUUACAAGGAAUAUCUUCUGAGGAGGUACUUUUAACACUUUGCAGAUAUCCUGGGCCUUCUCAAACAUAUGCCAGGAUAAUGCAGACUCCGCUGGCCACUCCUGUGCCUGUGCUCCGGCUCCCCCGGGGUCCUGAUGGCUCGAACCAAGGCUUUGCUCCCGAUGGACGCAGAGCUCCCCCGAAACCGGAAGUCCCUGAAGUCCCGGAGCCUCCAGAGUCUCGGGAAUCCCGGGAACAGCAGGCUCGAGCCUCCCUCCGGGAGCGCUACCUCCGCAGCCUGCUGGCCAUGGUGGGGCGCCCAGUGUGCUUCACUUUGCACGAGGGUGUGCAGGUGAUCGCCCACUUCGGAGCCACCGACCUGGACGUGGCCAAUUUCUACGUGUCGCAGCUUCAGACUCCAAUAGGCGUGCAGGCUGAAGCACUGCUCCGGUGUAGUGACAUUAUCUCAUACACCUUCAAGCCAUAAAGACGUCAUCGUGUUCAUCUUUCUGCCUUGAGCGUAGCUACAGUCUCCCAGGCCUCCAUAUGUUCCUGAGCUUGGACCUCUGGGCCCCAGAGAGUUCAGAACCCCCUUGGAAAUUCGCACCAAGCUCCAAGCAACUCUCACAUCUCUGGACAUCCAGGGUGUAGUCAGUAAACUUCUGCAACCCCAUGGGUUCUACAUCCUGUUGAAAGGAAUGCUCUACCUCACAGAACUCUCAACUCUACAGAUAUAUGGGCCCCAUGCCAGUUCCUGAGGAUUUGGGACAGAGGGAGGGAAUAAAGGACGGCAGAUUACCUAAUGGGAAAUUGUCUAUUGAAGAGGGUGCAAAGUUCAGCCACCCUGGAAAUAUUCCCCAAUGCUUCCCUCCUGCCAAGGAAUCAGUUAUCUCAGGAAA